CCCAUGUACCAGGAGGUGGCUGACUCUGUCACUCAGGGCCUCACCGAGCCGUGCCCAGCUGGGGCUGGGGCCAGCCACACCUUCCCCGCUGCACUGCCCACAGCCAGACAGGGGAUGCUGACGCUGCAGGUCCAAGGACCAUACUCGGAGAACUACACUACUAGGGCAAGCAGGAAGCGACAGUCCUCCUUCUGGAACUGAAACAGGCAGUGUGAAGAUCUAUGUGGAACUCCUUAACCCACAGCCUCUCUGACCACCCUGUUGGCAAAGACCCGCAGGCCAUGAGGACUGGUCAAAGACAGUGAGAGGACGUGAAAGGGUAAAUCCCUGUGCCCCGCAGUCCUAUCUCCCGCCCUGACGUCCCUGCACACCGGCCAGAGGGUUAACCGUAAGCGUGUGCCUGUAUGGCCGCUUUACUGAUGCCACGCAGGAACAAAGGAAUGAGGACCCGCCUGGGAUGCCUGUCUCACAAGUCAGACUCGUGUAGCGAUUUCACAGCUAUUCUUCCCGACAAACCCAACCGUGCUCUAAAGAGACUAUCCACAGAAGAAGCCACGAGGUGGGCAGAUUCCUUUGACGUGCUUCUGUCCCAUAAGUAUGGGGUGGCUGCAUUCCGCGCCUUCUUGAAGACGGAGUUCAGCGAGGAGAACCUGGAAUUCUGGCUGGCGUGUGAGGAGUUCAAGAAGACCAGGUCAACUGCAAAGCUGGUCUCCAAGGCCCAUAGGAUCUUUGAGGAGUUUGUGGAUGUGCAGGCUCCAAGGGAGGUAAACAUAGACUUCCAGACCCGAGAAGCCACGAGGAAGAACAUGCAGGAGCCAUCCCUGACUUGCUUUGACCAAGCCCAGGGAAAAGUACACAGCCUCAUGGAGAAAGACUCUUAUCCCAGGUUCCUGAGGUCCAAAAUGUACUUAGAUUUGCUGUCCCAAAGCCAGAGGAGGCUCAGUUAGACCUCAGAUGGGGACUCUUGGAGAUCACUGGCUUUUCCCCUCCCUUUUGCUGCCAAGACCAUAUUCUAACGUGAAAUGUCAUAGGUGUUCAAAAAGCAAUGGUUUUUGGUUGGGAGCCUGGGAAUGAGAAGUGGAUGAAAGGCCAUUCCAAAGUAAGAUCCAGUCACCAGAGCUUGGACUCUAUUCCAUUUACCCAUGUUUGUGUUUCAGUUAGUGGUAGCACCUUGCUGCUGUUACCCUUCUUCUGGGUCAGCGACUUGCCCUCCAUAAUGCCUUGGGUCAUCUCCACUGAGAAGGCAGAUUUGCUAGCUGGGCUAAUGUGUAAAUAAUGCAAAUGCAAUUUCCACCACUUCCAUACCCUCCUCAGUUAAGAUUCCUGACUCUAACUUGGACUAUACCCCUGUGAGGAAGAGCUAGAAGACUCUGGCUUAUAUUUGUGAUUUGCUGUCACAAUGUAAUGGCCAGUCCUGCGUGCUGGGACCUCACAAUGUAGGAGAGAGGUCUCUGGAGGAAUCCCAGGUUUCUAGCACUGUCAUUAACAGGUGGCCCUGGGAGAAGGGGCAAACUCCACAAGGUUGGCUAUUUCUUCCAUUUCCACUGGACCAGUAUGAAAAACUGUGAUCACUGCCCAUCUUAGCCUAGGAAAUUCACAAGACUUUUUUUACCCUCGCAAUUCCAGGAAGGGUCUUGGGAGAUGUCUUUCAUGACUUCUGAUGUGGAGCUGCUUUUAAGAAAGAUACAGCUUGCAAAUCUUCCUCGAUUCUACCAAGAAGUAUUCCAGAAGUCAAAUGACCAGGGAACAUAGCACCAGUAGACUUUUGUGCAAUGGGGCACCAUAUAUCCUUUCUGUUGCUUACUGUAUUCUCUGCCCUCACCUCCCUGUGGCAUCACACAUCACUGAUCUCUUAGAAUGACAGACAGCUUGACAAAGGGAGGUGAAUGAAUUCCCCUAGCAUGGACAGCUCUCAUGGUGCCUAAUACUUUCCUUGUCUCUCCCUGUCCCCCCUUCCAUGCAGGUCAUGUAAUUAUGAUGGGGGAGAAUGGGAACUUAGGCUGUAACUCUUCAGCUUGCUUCCUGGGAGCAUGCUUUCUUAGAAAGGUCUCUCUCAUGAGGGCCACCUUGGCUAUUCAGCAACUUCCUUCUUGAUCUCUGACCUUUUGGGAUUGAACAUGGAACAGGAGGUGAGGCUAAGAUCACUGUGAACAUCUGGCUGUGGAGAAUCUUCCGAAAAUGCUUUCAUGGUACCCUGAGGCUGCUUUUGGAACUGUGUCAGGAAACUCUUCCUUGGAGGAUGAGCAUAAAACACUCUAGCUGCCUGAGAAAAAGUGGACUUUGGCACAAGUUUGCAGUACCUGGGAUGUGAAUCUUCAGCAGAGAGACCAGAAAGUGGAAGAGGAGUCUGGAAGAGGCUGGUCUCCAGGUGGACCAAAUCAUAGAGAAUGUGGUGGAUGUACUACUGGGAUAAUUCACAGCCGAUGGAUUUGGAUUCACUGCAGAUCUCCAAAACUUUCAGCUUGACUAAAUGAAAGAGCUAUGAUUAGGCACAAGCUCUGGAGUUUAGGCGAUCGAGAACUGGGCUGCAUUCUCCCCUUAUGGGGUGAUGGGCCUCUUUAGAUACACGGGAUUCCAGCGUUUGCAUUCCUGUCCAGUAACUUUGUGAAUCUCUCCCUUCUCUGGCUGCAGCUAGACAAGGUCAAGGAGGCUCUUGAGUCCCACUGGCGUUAGGGUUCAUUGCCCUGCCAAAACACAUUGUAUCUGUAAGCGGGGGUUGGUGAGUCUGUCUGAACCGUCAAGGAGAGAGAGAACACAUGCCUCCUAGCCCUCACACUGAAGCAUCCUGUGAAAUCUCAUGUUCAAGAACUCUGAAGCCUCAAAAGGGUGUUCCUAGUUGGAUCAGGUAGUAUUCCCCUGCACCCACUGGUAAAAAACCAUUCUUAGCUAAAGCUGCCAGAAUUAAUUUAAUGAUCAAAUUCUUGAACAGGGUAUUUUAAACAUUGUUUACAUAUGAAAUGUGCAUCUGCUGCCAACUCUACUGUCGAAUAUGAAGUGCAUGUAAAUUGGAACAGCACAGAGUUACGGAAAAAUGAAAUGUUUAAGAGGGGCCUUUUUACCACUUCCACUAUCCCCAGGAGAAGUCUGCACAAGAGUGUUGGGCAGUGGCCUCACCUGAGGCCUGGAGUUCUUGCCAACCGUUUGUGGAAUGAAGGCUGCAAAUGGUGGUGUCAUGGCGCUGGGUGACUUUCUUCCACGAUGGGGAGGUGUGAAGGACCAAGCUUGGGUAUCGUGAAUUUUGCCGCUAUGGGAGGGUAUGUGGGCGUGUGUCUGUGUGUAGAGGAAUGUGAUAGCUAUAUUUAUGGUACUCCCGUGGAGUGUCUGCAUGUGUGCGUGUGUAUGUGACCAUUGUGAGCAUGAGGCCAGUACCCCACAGAGAUGGUCUUCCCAUGGGGUGGAGCUGUCCUCACACCCUUUCUGUCCUGCUUCCCACAAAAGGCCCAGAGCUCUCUGCUCUGAUGUCUAUUUUCAGGCACUUAGGUCAUGCCAAGCCAGAUUUUGGUCUAUGAUGAAACAAAGAGAAAUGUUUACAACACCUAGAGCAAUAUCAAAGCAUACCUCAUCCCUGACCUUCCAUGUCUCCUAGUCCUACGCUCUCUCCUAGUUCCUCUUCUAUGGGCCCUCGUCCGCCUUACUAGGUGGGCAUCUGCAGGUGCCACUUCUUCCGUGUAAGGUCUUCCUUUGGUCCUCAGGCCGGGCUCGUGCUGUGGACUGCCUUCCAGGCUCGAGGCUUGCUCUGGGCCUGGGCCCUUUGAAGACCCAGGGAAGCCAGGGCAGUGGGCCAGGCAGAGCUGCGAUUCUUAGGAUUGCUGCUCUUCACCCUGCAAGUGGCCUUUUGGCCCUACUUGAGUGUCAACCUGUUGUUAGGCUGGUGUGAGAUUACCUGUUACCUUCGGCAAACCAAAUAGAACCUAAUCAAUGACAACCAUUCAUAGCCCCAGGGCGCCCGUGGGGUGAGCAUGCCCAGCAUCCUCUGAGCGUGCCCAGGGCUUACCGGGAGAGCCUGUUACAAGUGCUAAUUCCCAGGUGGCACACCCAGAGAUGCUGAUCCAAAAGACCUGGGGGGCACCCAGAAAACUGCAUUUUUAAUACGUUCCCAUGGAGUAGUAGGCUUUGAAAGAAGAUGGUCUGAGACAGUGGCUCCCAGCAUUGGCUUCUCCUUGGAAUCACCUGGGGAGUUUUCAGACCUAAAUGUCCAGGUCCUACCCCAGAGCAGCUUGGGGCUGGGACCCAAGACAGCAGUCAUUUUUAACGCACCCCUGGUGAUUCCCCAUGCGGAUGAGGUUAGGAAGCACCGGCCUGGGGAGUGAGGAGGAGUAUGGCUGAGCUUACCCAGCGGCAGGGCCUAGAGGGCUGGAGCACACCCAGAGGCAAACCGGCACAAUAACCAGGAAUCUGCCAGCCCCGAGUCGGACUCUGGGUGCCCCUUUGAGAAAAUGUUUCUGCCCCAGCUGCACGGGGCUUGAGGCAGCGGGUAGGCCGAUGGCGGGCAGCUCUGGAGGGUAUUUGAUUCAGAGAGGCUUUGCCACGCAUCCGAGUCUCAUUCAUAGUGCUUCCUCCAAGCUCACCUCCUGGGCUUCUCCCUUGUUUGUGUGUGUUCGUGCACUCGAUGUUUGGCCAUUUGCAUUAGGUUGUGCCUCUGUGUCCAAGGCCUUGCGACAGGGUAGUUGGAACUCAGGUGGUGGGUGAAGGGUGUGUCCCAUCCUGGGAAUAUCAUGCUCUUCGGGGCUCUCUUUCCCAAGGCCAUGGUGGGGUUUCAGUUCCUGCUCUAAGCCCUCGUGAUUCCCUCUUUGGUCUCAGGCUGGAUGGGCAGCUGGAAGGUUCCUAGUUGAUUUUCUUCUCUGGUGCUCCCCCCAGAACUUGCUGCUCUGAACAAACCAAAGCUGGGAAAUGGUGUUCUGCCCAGGCUGCAGGCCCAGCCUCUGGGUGCAGGGAGGGCCUGGGUGCUUUUCCUCAGCAGGGCCGAGGUGUCCCCGUAGCCCGGGCCCUGGACUGUGAGGGAAAGACCUGAACCCAUUGUGUUGAGAGCUGGGGGACGGUAGGAGUGGGGAAGACAGAAGAGGAAGGAACAGUGCGGGAAAGACAAGCAGCUGACGUGGCGUCUGCUUUUCCACCAAGCAGAAGGGACAGGUGAAAGGCGGCACAUUCAGAGGCCAGAUGGCUCCCAUUGACAUGAGCGCCCGGAACUCUCCGGACCCUGCCUGUGCCUACUUCCAAGCAAAGCAGAGGAAUUUCAUUUUCCAUCUGACACUGUCCUGCAGUCGGCCGAGUGUCAGCCCUCUUUAAAUAUGUGUCUCUCUGGGUUAGAAGCAAGAGAGGUGGCAAAGUCACCCCUGCCUUUGAGAACCUGUGCCACUUGGCAUAAGAUCGUGGAGGAAGAAGCCAAGAGCAGAAAUGUCUUCCUGUCCCCGUGGCCUCUCAGGACCCCACAGGGUGCUGGGGACCAAUAUGGGAGACUGCCAAGAGGGCACCACUGGCCUUGCCGGGUGUGGGGUCCAGGCCCUCUCAAUAAACUGUGCCCUUGUUUGGUUGUUACUCCCUUUGGACCCUUCUGCGGCCUUCCCUCUGCCACGUGCGGGAGAAGGUGGCUGGGCUUGGCGUGCCCCCCAGCCACAGCAGCAGAACUGAGUCACGCGGCGUGCACAGGAGAUUCGUAGCAGCUCAUCUGCCAUAUAAACCGCUUGGCUGGUGGAGUCCUCAGUGAGUUGUUUCAUUACUGUGCAAAGUGGAAUAAUGUCGUUCACCUUUACUAUAAACAAGGCUGUGAGAACAUAAUAAACAGAACCUGAACA